AUGCAGGCCAUUAAGCAUGUGGUGACGGGAGCAAUAGGUAAAACUUGCCUACUGAUCGGUGACACAACUAACGCAUUUUCUGGAGACCACAGCCUCACCGUCUUUGACAACUGUUCUGCCAAUGUUAUGGUGGAUGCAAAACUGGCGAAUCGGGGCUUGUGGACACAGCUGGGCAAGAACAUGACAGAUGACGCCCCCAUCCUCUACUCAAAGGGAUGCAUUCUCAGUUGGCUUUUCUCUGUGCCAUUAAAGUACAUUUUGAGUCUGCCAAGGGUCUAUGUCCCCAAAGGCCUGGAAUUGCCUGAUAAUGACAAAACUAAUGGCCAGUAUGGUGGGAGGCGGGUGGUAGGGGAGCUCACAAAUUUCUGGGACAUGUUCGUGCAGCAGCAGCAGCAGCAGCAGCAGCAGCAGCAGCAGCAAACGGGCCCCACCCUGUGCCUAGAUAUUCAGAGACUGGCAGACAAAGACUCCAGCAAUGUGAAGGGAGAUACGCCAGAAAAGAAGGCCCAACAUUGCCCAGAGAAAGAGGACUUGGGGGAGGCUACCAAGAGCCCCAUCCUCUCCCGCCCCCACGCCUCGGCAGAGCUCACUAUGCUGGGCCCCGGCAAGCACCCGCCCAGAACGUGGGCCAAACCACCGAAGUCUCAGCCUGCGAGAUGA